CAUUAUUGUUUUUAAAAUAGCCUAUUAUUGUUUGAAAUAGAACCCUGGACAUAAUUGGGUGCAAUGAAAUUAUAAUCUUGUUCUAAUGUAGACACAUUCUCAGACUAAUGUAGGUUAAUCGUGUGCAUGCAAGGACUGUGUGAUUAGUAGUAGCCUGUGUUUGGGUGGCCGUCACUACCUUUGGAUAUCAAACCAAAUAAAAAAAAAACAAGAAACUGAAUAAAAUCUGCAUGGUGACAGAAAAGAGCAAGACACCAAACCUUCAGAUGAAAGCAGAUAAGGAGGGAUGUGACAUGUAGAAAGCAUCCACUUAGAGAGAGAUUGGGGCAGAAAAAAGAUGCUGAGUGGUGCAGGCAACAGAAUGGCAUUUUCAAUGAGCCAAUGAGGAGAGAGAGCAAGUGCAGCAAAAAAAGAGACCUAAAAGUAAAAAGUUCUUUGCGGCAAAGGCCUAGUAGAUCAGAACCCACCUCAACGGCUCAUCAAAUAACAAGAUUUAAGGAAUUAAGUGCAGAUAUGAGCAUAUGUUGCUGAUAUUUGGGUUAGGAUAUCGAGCAAACGGGAGAAAGAGAGCAAAGGGACUGCACCUGAGGAAUAAGAAAGGGGCAAGCUGUGUGGGUUGCAGAAUAAAAAAUGGUGGCACCUUUAGUGUGAGCUGCGAGUUAAGUGUGAAUUUUGCAAUCUGCAUUUAGCCUGAUAACAGGUCUCCAGUUUUGUUUCAGAUCUCAGCUGAGCAGAACCUGUGGUGUCUUGACUGACUUUGCUGCUACUAAUCAGUUAUGGACUCCACUGCACUGCUGUCUGUUGUGGGCGGUGCUCUCCUCCUGUCAAUCAUCUUUGUAACCAGUCUUUGUGUAGACUGCUGGGGCCGCAAACAACCAACAUCCAUCCAUCAGAGGUCCAGUGAUUCUAGUCCAGAAUACAACUCAACAUCAGGUUUCAUGGGUAGGCAUCCUGAGUCUACAUAUGCACCCCAUUUAGACCAUCAUAGAUUUCAAACCAUGCCUUACCCACUACCCAAUUCCCUAAGUUCUCCAUCAAUUACUGUAGAGAAGAGACCCUCCUAUCCUCCCUCAGAAACUGGAAGUCAAGCCAGUUAUGUGAACCAAAAUGAUGAGCCAUUUCAGCCCACAGAUGAACCAGACAAUUACAUAACUGUGAUUCCAGAUUGUCCCAGCAGAACAUCGUCUCAGAGCUCAGGAGCAAAUUAUAUAAACAUAGUGAAAGAGGACGGGAAUGAAUCUGCAUGUGAUGAAUGUGACAACAGAGAUGAUGACUCAGACUCUGGUGAUUAUGAAAACCUCAAAGACAAUUUAAACAAUCCAGACCUUGGACACCAAACCCCUGCUGUGUCCUUUGGAAGUAUUGACAGUAGCUCUGAUUAUGUCAACACUGACCCAAAUCCACAAUAAUUAAGGAUGACUAGAGUUAACGAAAGAAAGCCCAUGAAUCAUCCUGCCUGCCAGAACUUUCCAGAUGUCCCCAGUGCUCUGGAAAUUGUUGAAGUGCAAUGAGGCAUCAUCAACAAUGCACUGAAGCCUUUUGUUACAUUCAGUCCUUACGAAACAUCAGCUGACGAUACCUGAGAAUAUUUUAUUUGAUUACUUUUUAUGUAUAUAUAUAUACUUUUGCAGUUUACAGCCUUCUACAUCCUGGCUUUUACUUCUAAGAAUAUGAUCACACCACUGUUUCUUUGAUUGACAACACAUGUAAUAUUCAGCUUUCAAUGCCGUUUUUUUUGUAAAUGGAGAAAUAAAUCAAGCAUCACUAAACUCAUCUGGUGUGUCGAGUAUCAAACAGCAAAAUACUGGAGGAAAAUGUUUACAUGGGAAUUCAAGAAAUACAGAUGAAAGAUCACCUGCAAUGAAUUAAGGCAGUUUACCAGUGACUCUUCAAUGAUAGGAAAAUUAAAUGCAGAAUUAAAUCUUAUCUAAAAACUACUGCAACUUGAAUUCACAUGAUUUCUGAAGAGGAUAAGGAUUUAAAAAAUGUUUUAUAGAGAUUGCACACAAUGUUGAACACAAGUGGGAAAAAAAAAAAAAAAAAAAAUCACCCAAUAAUU